AUGGCUAAAAAGCGGAGGAGGCAGGACGCUGAGGAGGUUGCUGCGGAAGAGCCGACAGCCGAGGUGCCUCCUGCGGCUAAUGUCGAUGGGGCGGCCGCCGCCGAUAACGGCGGCACAAAUGCCGAAACUGCUGAAGGCGGACAUUACAAUAAAAGACAAAAAUCACUUGUGAAUCCGGAGACAGCAAGCUAUUUGGAGGAAGUCGUAGCGCACUUUAAGACCCUUGUUGAUGACGAGGAGCGCGCUCUGCUUGUUGGAAAUGUCCUUGAGGAGAUUUCGGGGAAGGAGGUUAAGGUGGGAGGUGACCCCGUUUGCAGUCGACACGUGGAAACGUUGAUGGCUGCGGCGCCUGCACAACAUCUGCUUAAGUUUCUUACGUCGGUAUCCGACGUGGACGGCUUCUUCACGCUCGUCAGUAGUCCCUUCGGUUCACAUGCGGUCGAGAAACUGCUUGUACGAUUAGAGGGGCAGCUGAACGCCAUGACGCAGGAAGAAUACGACGAAUUUCUCCGGGUGAUGACGCUUCUGACGGACAGCAUUUGCCCGCACUUGUACGACUACGUGACGGACCGUUUCGCCACGCACGUCGUACGGCGGUUGCUGUGCUUGUUAACCGGCCGGAAUGUGCUCCCGCCUCCGGGCAAGCAACAACAACAACAACAACAGCUCCCAGGACUCGAAAACAAGCGCAGCAAGUCAGAUGGCCCGACGGGACUGGCUGCGAGGCUAGGAGGAGACGGCGGCGGCGGCGGCGGGAAGAAGUCUGCUGCCGCUGCCGCGCUGCUGACGGCUGAGCUGCUAGGGGGCGGCGCCGACGAGCCGCCCCCGUGUCGCCUUCCAGAUCUCUUAUCGCGGUUUACUGCGGUGGUUUGCAGUGAUGAUUACGUGGGACCGCUGGUUUCGGAGCUGGUGUAUCAUCCGUACGCGUGCCCCUUCUUGCAGGCGCUGUUGCGUGCAGCGGCGAGUGACAGCAAGGCCCUGCGGCAGGUGGUUCCAGUGCUGUUGGGCGCCACGUCGUUCAACGACUCGUCCAAGGGUGGCCCGGGGGCGGUGCUGGAGGGGUGUCGGGAUGAGGAGGUGGCGGCCAUGUUGACGGAUCCCACAACCAGCCACCUCAUUGAGGUUAUGUUGCAGGUUUUUCCCAAACCGCUGAUGGAAGAGUUUUUUCGACGCUUUCUGUCGCCACGACUUGCGGACUUGGCAUACCACCCCUCUGCCAACUUCGUGGUACAGGCCGCACUGGCAGCAACGCCAUCCAAGGAGACGCGGGAGGUUUGCGCCGCACUGGCCGGUGCCCUGGGGGGGAUGUCGCAGUGGCCGAAUCUUAAAGGCGACGCGGUAUUGGCUCCCUCGUUACUGUGUCUGGACUCCGCGCCCGUGGUGGGAUCCAACGAGCCUUUCACUGCCGCGGCUGUAGCCGGGGCCAGGUCGGGCGGUACGGCACCGCUUCCACGUCUGUCACCGGUGGGCUGUAGCAUCCUGAUUCAGGUUCUUCGGUACGGCCAGGGCGCGUGUCGGUCAUUUACAGACAGCGUGGCUGGUCUGCAGCCCCACGAUGCAGCCCGGGUGGGCGCUGACCCCGCGGGCAGUCGCGUUCUGGAGGCGCUGUUGGAGGGUAACGCCCCCGCCAAGGUGAAGGGGGCGCUGAUGGGCAACCUGGCGGCGCACUGGGAUGCGGUGGCGGCAACCGCCUCUGGAAGCUUCCUGGUGGAGACGGCAUAUCGCUGGGGGGACCUGGCCGCCAAGGAGGCCAUCGUAUCCCGACUUGCCCUCGCCAGUAAGGCCCUGGAGAGCACCCACUGGGGCCCCGCACUGCUGAGGAAGGUGGGCGCGGAAGCUUACAGUCGGGACCCCGAGCAAUGGCGCCGUCACGCUGCCUCAGCGAGCAAGACGCUGGACCAGUUCGCCAAGCUGUUUGGAGGCGACGCCGCCGCUGCCACCGUCGCUACCUCCACCGCUGCUGACAAUGCAGCAGCGCCCCACAGCUGCCAAACCGACGAACCCAAGGACAAGAAGCGUGGGAAGAAGAAAGGAAAGAAGGAUGGCGUGGGGAAAGGGGAGGCUGGUAUGAGCACGGCAGGGAUAAGUGGGGGUGAGGAGCACGGGGAGGAGGAGGGGGCCGGCGGCGGUGGCGGCCGCAGUGGGAGGGGAAAGCGGAGGCGCGAGGGGAGUGAGGGAAGGGGUGACGGUGACAAGGAGGAGGGGACAGGAGGAGGGGAAGCUCCCAACCCUACGACAGCGGAGUUAGUUGGCGGUGCGGAGGGAGCUGUGGGGGAUCCAGCUGCAGAGCCGAAGGGGGGACAGAAGGCAAAAAAGGGCGGGAAGGAGAAGGUGAGGAAGGAUAAGAGACUUGGAGGCGGCGGCAAGGGGGGUGAGGCGGUGGGAGCUGCGGGGGAUGGCGAUGUGGUGGGGCUCAUGCAGGAGGAGGUGAUGGGAGGCGGUGAUGAGGGCCAACAGGACGGCAUAGCGUUGUUCGGAGGGAAGGAGAAAGACCCUAAGAAAAGAAAGGAUAAGGAAAAGGCGGGCAAGAAGGCGUCGGCUUAAAAAGCUGGUAAACUGCAAGGAUAAAAGUUGAGAUCUAAUUAUUGGAACUUCGAUCGAACUGGAAACAUAUUCUGUAUGGAGAUAGCGGUAGGAGGUAGGCCUUUGCGGGCCGCGUAAAACCUUCGACAAGCGCUGCUGCUGUGGCGCAGGAAAAGGCUGUGAAGGCAUGAAAGGCUGCAUGGCAAACGGCGGGUGGAUGGAUGUUUCGAUAGACGACUUAUCGUCUGUAUGGUCUGUUACGUGCGCUCGCAGACAUGUGCAGGUUUUGAGUUGCAUACAUUUAUUAGUUUUAAAGGGCGAGGAGGUGCUGGUGUGGAUUCUCUUCCUUAAAAUUGUAAUCUGAAGAGUUCCUGU